GUUAUGAAGGAGAUCCUGACCUAAAAUCAAAAUGGUUUAGGCCCGCCCCGGGUAAGGCCUUGGGCUCGUGGCGCGCGUCAACACCGUGACGUCACCCGUGAUGGCGGCCGAGGCUCACUGGUGCCGGGAGGACUGUUCCCCGCCGCGGCCCGCGCUCUAGAGGCUGCCGCACGCCCCCCUCGCCGUUCUGCACCAGGCACGCCCGCUCCAGGGCAGCGAGCCGCCCAGCCACGCCCAGCACCACGCAGGGAGGGCACGGUUUCCCAAGUUGAGUCUACUACAGUCACCAUGUGUUGGGGUCCCUUGAAGCGCUUCUGCCACUGGGGGCCGCUGAUUGCUCUUGGCAUCAUCAAGUCAGUGACGUUUGCCACUGUGAACUGCCUCUCCCAGUGGUGGCCGCCUCACGAGUCUUGGGGCGGCAAGGUGGUGUUCUUCUCCUUCAUGAUCUGUGCCAUACUCACGCUGUACUGUUUCCUUCAUGCCAUGUUCACAGGCCCCGGCACCUUGCCCCUCGAGUGGGAACCCGAAAACCCCGAGGAUAGGAAAUUUCUUCAGUUCUGUGGUACCUGUGAAGGCUUCAAGGCCCCUCGGGCGCAUCACUGCCGGAAAUGUGGCAGCUGCGUCAUGAAGAUGGACCACCACUGUCCCUGGAUCAACAACUGUGUCGGCCACAAGAACCACUGUGCCUUCACCCUGUUCCUACUCUUUGCUGUGCUGGGGUGUGCUCAAGCUACCGUGGUGUUGGGACUCUCUAUAUACCAUGCAAUACACAGGACGUGGUACAUCUACUAUGGCACGGGUAGGGAGCCCAUCGUGUACAUGAGCCUCUGGGGGAUGGUGGUGUGCAUGUUUGUGCUGGGCCUGGCCAUCGGUGUGGUGCUGGCUGUCGGUAUGCUGCUUUACUUCCAGAUCCGAGCAAUACUGCGGAACAGGACGGCCAUUGAAGACUGGAUCCUGGAAAAGGCUGUGCACCGCCGUGGGGCGCUGGAGACACCAUUUAUAUAUCCUUACAACUUGGGUCGCUGGAACAACUUCAAACAUGUCAUCAACUUCAUGUGUGAGGCCAAUGGGGACGGCAUCACGUGGCCGGUGCGAGAAGAGUGCCACCAGUACACCCUCACAAUUGAGCAGCUUGAGCAGAAGGCAGAGAAGCGCGCCCGCAGCCGUGAGUACCAAGUGGUGGAGCGCUACACUGGCUGGUGGUUCCCCUGCACCAAGGGUCUGGGAACAUGCUGCCACCCGCCCUGCACUGACGAGCCCAGAAUUGCCCUGCAGCCCGGCGACAUUGUGGCUGUGACACGCUGGAAAAAGUACUGGCUGUAUGGGGAGCGCAUCAGUGGCCGGGAGAGCACCGAGCGUCACCGAGGUUGGUUCCCGCGCUGCUGUGCCGUACAGGUUGUCAGCAACGAGAGUGACUCCGACACUGCCUCCCCAGACCCUCAGCGGGCCGCCCAGGAGGCACCGGUUGAGACCAAGAAGAAAAGGUGAUACGUAGAUUGAAUCUCACUUUGAUGAUCAGUAAAUAAUUUCUUAUAAAGUGAUCAAUGGCUGCAUAUUUUAAGGAUACAAGAUGGAAUUUGAUUGUGUGAUCACAGUUCACAGGAAUUUGACAGGAACAGGAAUCAGUGAAUGAUUCUGAAAACAGUUGUAUUUUUUGGUUUACACCAUGUUGUUACAUGACACGGGAUCAGUUAGUAAUCCCAAUGAUAAAGUAAUAAGUAUUUUGCAAACUGUAGCACAACCAUUUGGCAUAAUCUUAUUCUCUAUACAUCCUUUCCCACUCCUUUGUAGAGUGUAUGUUUUGACAGCUCUCCUCCCAUCCCACCCAUUCACAUCACCCUCUGACAGAUAUUUUCCCAAAAAACCUCCUGAACACUGUCCAUAAAACUCCACUUCAGUCUUCUUCUCCUGCCAUGUACCACCAUCUCCAUCACUCAUCCCCUACAUAUGUCUCUUCAUCACAGUGUUGUAUUACUUCAGUCGUAUUUCCUGCCCCUUUUUCAAUAUCUCCAUGGCCUUCUCCCUCCUAUUCCCUCAUCCCUGGUGUUUGAAGUAGUGUGCUAGUCUAACUAAUAUCUCUGACUCUUCCCUACAAUCAGGCUCAGGUGCUAGUCCUUAAGCUGGAGGCCAUGAGUUGAAGUGAGUGCACAUCAGAACCUUGUCACUUGUAGUCACUAGACGACGUAAUUCUGUAGAUACUUGAACCAUCCUAUUUGUAUAUUAGCAGUAAUAACUAAUGAUAACUUAAUAAUUAUAUUUAUCAACAAUAGUGGUAAUUUGAUGGCAACAUUUCUGCAUCACUAAAUAUGGUUGUAACAUUUUGAGACCAUUUGGUCCCACGACUUGAUAGAACACGGUAGGUUUGUUGUAGUUCCUCAGAGUAUUCCUUGGUGGUGUUUCAGGAGCCACAGGUUAUCAGGAUGUUUGUGAUGUGCGCACUGGUGGCACCACAUUUUCCCGUAAUGAAUGGUGGAUGUGUGCCGGGGUUAAACAUGAAAUAUUAAGUAGAUUGCAUGGAGAGAUAAUAGUUCUCUUAAUUACUCUUUAAUUACAUAAUCCAAAGCUUGUGUAAUGUUGAAGAAAAAUAUUGUUGCUCGCGUACAGUAGUAGUAAAUGGAAUCGCUGUCUGAGCUUGGGUUCAAGUGCCAAAUUUUACAUAGCAAUACUUUUGGAGUAAAUCUAAGAUGAAUAUCAUGCCAACUUUCAACAUAUCUGUACAGGCGGUGCUCACGCCAACCAUCGUUUCAGAAUAAGGAUGCCAUAUCUUAUCAUAAUACUUGUGAGAAGCAAGUGCAUUGUCCCAUGAACUGCAGAAGAUGUAGACUCUUAUUUUAGUCAGUGACAAUGAAAAACAUAUGACUGAUAAGUAUCAUAAAUAUGUGUAAUUGGCCAAAAGCUGCCUGAAGCUUUAAGCUUCCUGCCACACACAGCCUGGCCCUUGGUAGUGUGAGGUGAGGCUUGCUGCCCUGAACAGCACACAAGGGAUGCUUCAUAACACACAAGGGAUCCUUGAUAACACACAAAGGAUGCUUGCAUUGAUCAUGAAGAACUUUUCAGUGGCCAGCCCUGUCACUUUCUCAUGGAGCUCCUCCAUCAUUUUCUUAAUGAGGCCAAAAAGUGUAAUUUAUGAGGGCAUCAUUCCUGCCACUGGCAAACCAGGAGGCUGCAGGUGAUGAUAGCAGUCCUGCACUGUUGCCUGUGGGGUGUGUUGGAUGGCUGGGGCUGCAGUGAAGGGACGCCUGACUUGUAUAGAGACCAAGAACUGUCUCUGCUUUCUUGAUGUUUCUAGAGAAACUUAGACCCACUAAUCAGUCCUGUAUUGUCACACCCUCUGCCUCUCCACACCUUGCAGUCCUGCUCAUUAUGCCUCCAGUCCUGCACCAGCAGACUGAUAGGCGGCAACAGUAUUGUCUUGCCUGCCAAUCUGCAUUUACCGUAGCUGGUUAGCCUCUACACCAGUCUGUCACCUGAUCUUUCUGGUCCAGCUGGCAUCACAUAUAUUAUGGAGGUCAUUAGAAUAGUGAGCUACUUUUCCAGUCUUGUCACACGUACUUGUCCUCUGAGGAAGAAACUGGUUCAAGAUAAUAUUAGUGUUACUACUUACCAUCUCUUAUUUAUAAGUUAAUAUUUCUGUAUCAUGAAAUAAGGCUGAAAGAUUAACAUAGAAUAUGUAAUUGAAAAUAUCAGAACCCAAUUCCAUACAAUGUUAGGGUGUGGAAACAGGAAAAAAUUAUCUUUGAGGCAAAAGUUUAUCUCAUUAGUGGUAAAUAGCUUGAAGAAACUCCAGUGCAGUUUCUUCAGAUUUGUCAUAAUUAUGUGUUCCAUUGAACCCAAGCUGCUAGUGGGUGGCCGGAGCACCUGUGUGUGGGUCCUUCAGUCACGGUGUGUGAGUGUGGGUGUGUGUUGGUAUGUGUGCAUGUGCAUGUGUGUUGGUGGGUGGGUGUUGGACCCCUCAACCCCAUGGAUACAAUUGCUCAUAACCCAAUAACUUAGUUAGGCUCGGGAAGAAUUUUUAUAUUAAAUUUUAUGGACCACCGUGAAUACAGCGGAAAAUGUGUCUGACAUCAUGGUGCCGGGAUCGUGAAGGGACACUGUUGUAUCACGAGUUGUUUUGGCACUGGUGUCAAUAAGUAAGAUAUCAAAAAGUUUGUGUUCAUAUUUUCAAGUUACUUUAAGAAACAUGAUUCACCUUAACAAACAUUAUAUAGCAUGGUACUAACAAAAUCCUAGAAAAGCACCAAACACCCAUUCCCCCUUGAUCAUAGGCUUGUGCCAGGUGUCACUAGCCUUGGUGAACUGUCAUUGCCACAGCAGCUAAAACCAGAUAUUUGUUGGCAAUCAUUGUGUUCAUGGCAGUGUGUUCUGACUCCUGGGAGUGGCAGCUGUGGCCAAAAGCAUUGCCCUCAACACUUCUGUGGCCACUGAGUCUCUGGUUGAUCUGUAAUAUUGUGUCUAGUCACUUCUUGGUGUGCACAUAAUGACCAAGAGGGUGCUGCGUGAUCACUUGUGUUCUGAGCUCCAAUAAGCACUUUUCUCCCACUGAAGUGUUCACAAGAGGCUGGUAGUAGUGUUGUGUGUGCCGUGAUGUGCUGCUGAGUGUGGUAAGACGUGUGACAUCUUGCUGUCAAGCUCUCCCUAACCUUGCUUCUCUGAUCCAGUGUUGUCAUUUUGACAAUCAGUCAUUCUUUGUGUAUCAUGACAUAAUCUCAAUGGUGUAUAUUUUUGUGAAUUUUUUUACACGUGUACAUAUUUGUGCUUCAAUAGUUAAUAACUGUAAUUUUUUACUAAGAAAUAAAUAAUAUCAAGAAAUUAUGGAACUUAAUAUCAAGACUUAAUAUAAGAAAUUCGCAGCAGGUGAGAACCAUAAUGUCUGGAAUGUUAAGAGGAUGCAAGGUGGCGUGACCCUGGGGGCGGCGCGCACUGGGCGGACAGCCUCAUCUCCGCGCCUCGAGUCACUCAUGUGAAAAAAAAGACACUAGAUUGUGUAAAUCAUGUGACGACACAAUUUAAAAAGAAAUCCAGCCACGGAUGCUUUAGGUGACUUUUUAUGGCGCCUUUUCAAUGGGAUGCGAAGUGAAGCGUAAACUGUAGCCCGCCGCGCGACGAGGGAAUAAAACAUUUCCCUAACGCGAUAGCUUGACGCAUUCGUUCCGGGACAACAGGCGCGGCGGCUAAAUGUUGUGUUUAUCAUCUCGCCCUAAGUGGUGCUAAGAGGGCUGGAGCGUUUCCACCUUUUUUAUCGAGAAGGAACUAAUGUCGAACAGAAGAACCUCGUGGAGAGAGCAAAGAGGUGGGAAGGGAAGGAGGAAGGAGCGCGCGGGUGGCGAGAACAAAAAAAGCCUCACAGGUGUUGAGAAUGGAUAAUUGUCGCGUCCUGUCUGGCAGUGUUUGAGGUGCUGCCGCCCGCCCCGCGCUGCCCUGCUCCACCCCGCACAUUUCCUACUUUCCUCCUCCACCAAUUACCAUUUUUUUCAACGUCUACCAAAGAUUGACUUAUAGAGAGACAACAGGUUACUCUCAUUUCGCUGCGCCCUCCGUCAGCUGCGUUACGGAGAUGAGCGGCGGCCAUGGUGGGACUCCGGCAGGCUGUCCUCGUCGUACGGGUCGUCACGCCACUUCACGUCAAAUUCAUCCCGUCACGGCUGUCCGGAAGAGUUAUGGCGGGCUCUCGCGAUGAUGCCCGUUCGAAAUAGCUCUGCCCCUCCACACGGCCCAGCUGCAUUGCUCCUGGUGACAUUCAUACCGGCUAUUACUUCCCUGUGCCUUUGUUUUUGCUAUUCGUGUUUUCUUGUUGUUCUAUAGAGUGGGGGCUAUGGCCACACGCGGAGCACCUUGCGUACCUAUAGGCCAGCAUCACUACCCACCCGUCUCUCCUCUCCUCAGCCUCUCCUCUCGCUGCAUAUCACGGGAGGGAGGCUGCGAGGGGGUGGGGAAGGGCGUAGAUGAGUUUUACGGUGUGACAGGCAUCUUCCGUCCCGCCAGGUAACUUAGUGGGUCUGUCACGUCCCUAAUUAUCUCCCCUACCGCAGCGAUUACCUGGGCAGGGCCGUCUGGUGGUGCAGCGGCCGGGCUCGUCCUGCGCACCUGUUGCCUCACGCUCUCAUUACGUUUUCUAUAUUUCCACUGUGCCCAUUAACCUCCAUAUUGCUCUCUGUGGUGGUCUUGCUAAACUCUCCGUCAGCCGCUCCCGCCCCGGCCCACCCAGCAAAGAGCAAGGUUAUUUUUUUUUUUUCAGACGGUCGCCGCGCCUCGGAAACUCGCUGUUCCCCAGGCAUAAUUUAUGAUAAUCUCCUCCAUGCUUUGAUGUAUAAUUUUCAGAGCAAUAAUCGUUAGUGUUCACUCGGCUUACUCAUAGGGAGGGCCCCGGCGUGCACUGCGAACAGCCGUAUAGUGCGUAUGUGUAUUUUCUGUUCUUUUUGCUGCUAGAACCGUCGUGGCCGCGUUUUAAGCAUCCGGACGCUCUGUAUUAGCGUUGACGUUAGCGUGACAGUUGUUGUAGACCGAGACCCCCACAAAAAAAGCUGUUUGAUAAGCCCUGCCCCAUCCCUUCUCCUCCGCCGGAAUCUUACUAAUAAUAACCGUACGCACUGCAUUAGCGUAGAAGUGCCGACAAUGCCCGACGGUGACAGACGGACAUUGUGUUGAUGUAAACCGAGAGCACCAAAACAAGCAACUGUAAUCACUUCCCCUCCUGUCCCUCUCCGGCAUAUGACCACAUGUUGCGCCGACUGAACGAAACUUUCCAACUGCAAUCAUCAUCACUGACCCUUUCUCCCUCCUCCCCUGGGUCUUUACUAAUAAUGAUAAACUCAGCUUGAUUCACCGCCACACACACUCGUCAAUAAAAUAGACUUCCCUUCAUCGUUUUAGGCUUGGCAUCUCCUUAACUUUUUUCUAUUCUCCCUCGUUUGAGUUCCUUCCUUCCUUUCGUCUCUCGUGUGUCGCUCUAAGCCUCGACCUUCGGAAAGCGAUGAAGCAAUCUCUGGGCUGGGACGCGCCGAGGCCAGGUCUGUCGGUCGGCGCGGAGUGAGUGAUGGAGGUUACGGGGCGACCCAGCGCUGCGUCAUUGAGAUUACACGAGGCGUCCGUCCGCACUUCGCUCCGUGACGACAUGGUUUUCUAUAAGCUCAUUGAUCCGUGCCACUCACUAACGAGGCGACGAAGGAAGGAGGAAACUCGAGCGGGGGAGAAGAGAGACAGAUACUUAAACGAAGGAAGGAAGAAACUCGAGCGGGGGAGAAAAGAGACAGAUACUUAAAAGGACGAUAUUUUUGGAAACCACUCAGGAAAUCCUUUUAGUAUAUCGUAUUGAAUAGAGAAAGCAGAUCAUUGUGGAGCAUAUAGUUUGGUUUGGACGCUUACAAUGACUCUGUGGUGGACUGUCGAACGCAAAUAAAACUAGACUUACUUAUUGACCAGAUUGCUUGUGUUCAUGCGGUGACUUAGUUGUUUAAUGAAGGGAAGCAUCUUUGAAGACCUGAAGCAAUGUAAAUAUAACCACCACCUCCAUAAAGGGCAAAUUUUCCGUGGAUCUUCAGUCAAACCACGAUUUCCGUUGGCGUGGUUCUCAUAUUUCCGUGGUUUUCUGACGUGUCCACAUCUUCGAAAGCUACGGUAGAUUUCACCGAAGGACGACGGUAAAACUCACCAUUAUUCGCAGCAGCAAUAACAAGAAACAAAUGAGAACCACGCUAGCAGAAAUCGUGGUUUGACUGAAGAUCCACGGAAAAUUUGCCCAGUGUAAUAGCCCCUUAACAGAUACGCCGCGUGAAGACUAACAUAUUUCGAAUCUUUGAGGAAUAGAAACAAUGCAAAUAAAACUUCUCUUCCUUAAGGCUGUCAAAUAGAUGAGUCAAUGUAAGUAAGACCACUUAACCUCCAUAAUCCUACUUAACAGGUAUACGCCGCUUCUGUGAGUGCUUCAGGCCGCGAGAAGACUAACAUGUUUCGAAUCUUUGAGGAAUAGAAACAAUGCAAACAAAACUUCUCUUCCUUAAUAUGGCUGCCAAACAAAAAGUCUCGUUCCUGUGAGUGUUUUCGGCCGCGUGACCGUCCCGCGCUUGACGGGGCCGUGUAAGUGAUAGUCAAGGCGGCAGAAAAUUGAAUCCGUAAUCAUCAUACUAAUCCCGAGGCGGCGGCGUCGAGGUGUCCUUCGUAACGUGAUGCGAUAAUAUACGUUCCACGGGCUGUUUAUCAACUAUUAAAGCGAGACGCGCAUCCAUCGUCCCCUGAAGCUCCGCGCGGCCUGCCCGGAGCGUCGCGGCGCCGGCCAGCAAAUGACAUUACCGGGAGGCGCGAGGCCGAGGCGGCAAUCAGUGCGGGCGUGGAGGAGUAGCGUGGCGGGCCGCUGGAUGGGGCGAGGCAGUGUGAAAUGCACCAUGGCGGAGGUUGGACACGGGGCGCACGCUGAUUAACUCGUCACACCUCUCAGGCCACUCUUACAGCCUCGUGCAGCACGUGGAUCGGCGCGGCAGCACCCAGCCACGAGCGGCGUGUCGAGGCGCGGGGCAUGGCGCCGCACCUCUCGGCGGGGGGCCGCAAGCGCAAGGU